GUUUUUAAAAUUUUAAUUUUUAUUAAUGAUCUGGGGAAUAAUUAAUACUUAUCAUUCUCUGGCAAAUGAUAUUGCUAACAUAUUAAAAUGUAUAUCACAUAAAGUUUUAAUACUUAAAAACUUAGAUGACAUUGUAAAUCAAAAAUUUGAUAUAGCAUAUGUUGGAAACGUUGAUAAUUUUAAACAUGAUAUAGUAUCAAAAUUAAUACAACAAAAAAAACACAUAUUAUGUGAACCUCCUAUAUUAUGGGAUAGUAAUCAAUUUCUUGACAUAUUGAAAUUAUUAAAUAUAGAAAAAAGGUUUUUUAUGGAAGUAAUUCCAAGCAGAUUUCUACCAAUAUAUCAAAGAUUGAGACAUCAAUUAAAAAUGAAAACCAUUGGAAAUAUUAGUUUUAUAUCAGCAAAUAUAAGUUUUAGCAAUUAUAAAAAUAUUGAAAAAUAUUUUGCAUAUAAAAAAUUAUUACCAGUAAAAAAAUUAGAUGAAGCAUUUAUUUACCCUCUUCACCUAAUACAAAUGGUGUAUCAGCAACUACCAGAAAAUGUAACUUUAAAUUCUACUGUUAAUAGUAAAAAUCAUAUGAUAUCUAAAAUUAUGGUUUAUCCAAAUGAUAAAUUUGCUUUUACACAAUUAUCAUCUAAUUUACAUUUGCCUAAUGAAGCUUAUAUAUGUGGUACCAAAGGUAAUAUUAAGAUAUGCGAGCCAUUCUGGCUACCCAGCAAAAUGAUAAUUAAUGAUGUUGUUUAUGAUUACCCAUUAGAUUUUCAAGGGACAUAUACAACUUAUAAAAACUACGUUGGUUUUAUAUAUAUGGCCAAAGAAAUUGAAGCAUGUAUUCAAGCAGGUUUAAUUGAAAGCCCUUGGUUGACACAUCAAAAUUCAAUCGAUUUAGCUUCAAUUUAUUCUAUGUUUAUCAAUAAAAUAAAGAUUUAAAAUAUUUCUUGAUCACAAUUCAUAGUUCAAGAAUAUUAUAAAAUUAUGUUUUAUAGUUUUAUAUAAAUAAUAUAAAUAUUAUUUUUUAAAAAAAUACAAUUAUCAAAGAAAUUAUAUAUAUUUAAGUUUUUUUAAAAUUAGAGUUCUUUUAAUUUUACUAAAUUUCUUGGAAACCAACCUUUUGCUUUGUUAUCAGACUGUUGUACUACCAAAGAUUCUGUUUUAUCUUUCAAAUAAAUAUAAAUAUGUAAAAAUUUUCUAUCAAUAAUCGACAUUUUUGCCCAAUGUUCCUGAUAUCAUAACCGUUUAUUAACUUUUGAUCUGUAAAAUCUUAUUAUUUAAUUUUUUCCCCUCGUUUUGACUGAUCCUUUUUUAAUAUAUAUUAGUCUUUUUUUAAAAUAAUUUUCACUAAAAACAUGAUUGAUUAAAUUAUAUAAUUAU